AUGGGUCUGACGGACACGCCUCCCCCUCACGUCCCCUCGUGGGUCGUGCCAGCCUCCGGAGCCCUUCUCAUCACAGGCGCCAUCUUCUGGGACAUGUGCUAUGUACUCAUGUCAAUCCGCUCCCACAGAACAAAAUCAUACGGCAUGCCCCUCUUCGCCCUUGCGCUGAACCUCUCCUGGGAACUCAUCUACGCAGCUCGCGUCGCUGAACACCCUCUCGAACGUCUCGGCUUCCUUGUCUGGCUACUUCUUGACGUACCGCUCGUCUACACGACCCUCAAGAACGCGAAACACGAGUGGAGCCACGCGCCGCUUGUCGCGAAGAAUAUCGGCGCUAUCCUUGCGAUUAUGGUAGCCCUUGGUUGCGCGGCGAACUACGCUGUCGCGGAAUGGUGGCUGUCGGCGCCCGGUACCGGGUACGGAGACAAGAGUGGCAAGUGGUGGGCCGGACGGGAGGGAUUCGAUUGUACGGAGCUCGCGUUCUGGACGGCUGGUCUGGCGCAGUUCGCCCUUGGGACGGGAUGUCUUGCCAUGUUGCUCGUCAGGGGUCACUCUGGGGGCGCGAGUUAUGCGAUCUGGGCACUUGGCACCCUCACCGGUUGGAUUGGCUCAACCGGUCUGCUCUGGUGGUACUGGCCAGAGGCCCAUGGUUUCUUCGUCAAUCUCAUGGGCAUCUUUCUCAUGACGACGUGUUUGGCUUGCGACACCGCGUAUCCGUUCAUUCUCGCAGGAGUGCGGAGAAGUGAGCAAGUCCUCCCGGACGGCAGGCUCGUUUCUGGAAUAUCGGUCAAGAAGUCAGCCGCGCCAAUAACAAAGAAAAGGUUAUGA